CUCCAAGGGGUGCUGGGAGCUGUGUCCAGGGCCAGGGCUGCACGCACUGUGCUGGGAAGAGUCAUGGGAGUGGAGCUGAGAUGGGGGUCAUCUGGUGGUUCUGAGAGCCCCUGGGACCAGGGUCCUUGGGGUAAAGGGGUUCAGCUAACCCCAAGGAAACCCAUUUUUUGAAGCAUCUUUCACCGUUAAUUUUCAAGAGAAGCCCUUUAUAACAGCCAGGUGGUGACUCUGGGGAGGAAGAUGAUUGCCCAAGGGCUGCUGUGGGCAGUGCUGUUCCUGCAGGGUCUGCUCUUCCUGCUUCAAGGUGCCCAUGGCGUGGCCUCACAGGAAGACUUUCGCUUCUGCGGUCAGCGGAACCAGACCCAGAAGAGCAGCCUUCAUUAUAAAGAAGCGUCAGAGCUGCACAUCUCCAUCAAGAACUCUGAGGAGGCCCUCAUAAUCCAUGCCCCCUUCCUUGGAGUCCCCCCAACUUCCCAAUUCUUCCCUGACCCCAGGGGCCUCUACCACUUCUGCCUCUACUGGAAUCGCCGUGCUGGAAAAUUGCAUCUUCGCUAUGGCAAGAAGGACUUUGUGCUGAGUGCCCAAGCCUCUGACCUCCUAUGCUUCCGGCACCAGGAGAGGAUUCCGGUCCAGGGCCCCCCACUGCUUGCCACCUCUGUGAGCUCCUGGUGGAGCCCCGAGAACACCAGUCUGCCCAGCGCUGCCGGCUUCACCUUCUCCUUCCACAAUCCUCCCCAGAAGGCUUCCCACAAUGCCUCCGUGGACAUGUGUGAGGUGAAGAGGGACCUCCAGCAGCUCAGCCAGCUUCUGAAGCAUCCCCAUAAGGCCUCAAGGAGGCCCUCGUUCUCCCCUGCCAGGCAGCAGCUGCAGAGCCUGGAGUCGAAGCUGAGCUCUGUGAAGUUCACAGGGGACACAGUGUCCUUCGAGGAGGAUCAGAUCAAUGCCACGGUGUGGAAGCUGCAGCCCGCAGCCAGCCUCCAGGACCUGUACAUCCACUCCCGGCAUGAGGAGGAGCAGCGGGAGAUCCUGGAGUACUCGGUGCUGCUGCCCCGUGCGCUCUUCCAGAAGACCAAAGGCCGGAGGGGGCAUCCUGAACAGAGACUCCUCCUGGUGGACUUCAGCAGUCAGGCCCUGUUCCAGGACAAGAAUUCCAGCCAAGUGUUGGGUGAGAAGGUCUUGGGUAUUGUCGUGCAGAACACCAAAGUAGCCAACCUCUCAGAGCCUGUGGUGCUCACCUUCCAGCACCAGCCACAGCCGAAGAAUGUGACUCUACAGUGUGUAUUCUGGGUUGAAGACCUGACAUUGAGUGGCUCAGGGAGCUGGAGCGAUGCUGGGUGUGAAACCAUCAGGAGAGAGACGCAGACAUCCUGCCUCUGCACCCACCUGACUUAUUUUGCUGUGCUUAUGGUCGCCUCCGUGGAGGUGGACGCCUCGCAUAAGCACUUCCUGACGCUGCUGUCCUACGUGGGCUGUGUCAUCUCCGCCCUGGCCUGUGUCCUCACCCUCGCCGCCUCCCUCUGCUCCAAGAGGAAGCCUCGGGAUUACACCAUCAAAGUGCACAUGAACUUGCUGCUGGCCAUCUUCCUGCUGGAUGUGAGCUUCCUACUCAGUGAGCCAGUGGCCCUGGCAGGCUCUGAGGCUGGCUGCCGUGCCAGCGCCAUCUUCCUACACUUCUCCCUGCUCGCCUGCCUCUCCUGGAUGGGCCUCGAGGGCUACAACCUGUACCGACUCGUAGUAGAAGUCAUUGGCACCUAUGUCCCUGGCUACCUGCUCAAACUGAGCAUUGUGGGCUGGGGCUUCCCCAUAUUCCUGGUGACACUGGUGGCACUGGUGGAUGUGAACAACUACGGCCCCAUCAUCCUGGCUGUGCACAGGACUCCAGAGAGUGUUAUCUACCCUUCCAUGUGCUGGAUCCGGGACUCCGUCGUCAGCCACCUCACCAACCUGGGACUCUUCAGCCUGGUGUUCCUGUUCAACACAGCCAUGCUGGGCACCAUGGUGGUGCAGAUCCUGCGGCUGCGGCCCCGCACCCAGAAGUGGCCUCAUGUGCUGACGCUGCUGGGCCUCAGCCUGGUCCUUGGCCUGCCCUGGGCCUUGGUCUUCUUCUCCUUUGCUUCGGGCACCUUCCAGCUUGUAGUCCUCUACUUCUUCAGCAUUAUUACCUCCUUCCAAGGCUUCCUCAUCUUCCUCUGGUACUGGUCCAUGCGGCUGCAGGCCCGGGGCGGGCCCUCACCUCUGAAGAGCAACUCGGACAGUGCCAGACUCCCCAUCACCUCGGGCAGUACCUCGUCCAGCCGCAUCUAGGCCGCCAGCCACCCACCCGUGUGAGGAAGCCGAGAAGCAGCCUCUCCUCACUGCUGCCUGUGGCCCCUGAAGCUGGGCCAGGCCCUUGGCGGGUCAGCUGGAGAUCGGAGAAGGCCCAGGGACCUCCGAGGGAUGGGGCUGUUGUCAUGGCAGUGAGACUCCUAGGCUGGGCCUUUGGAAUUGGCCUGUGGACUACUUGGCUCUCGGAUCCAGCUGGCAGGGGGCUCAGGAGUGGGACUGCCCCCCUGGCCAUCCUAACCUGGGACUGAAGGCUGGUCUUAACUCACCCCACUGGGCCCAGCCCUUGUGGCUGGGGGUUGGGAGCCCACAAGCCUCAGGGUCAGGUCCCAGACCUUGGAGGCCUGGCAGCAUCCUUAACUCUGUGUCCCCACCCAGGACAGAAAUGUGCCAUCGCUGCUCUGUCUCUGGUGAUCACCAUGAGGGCACUCUGCAGUCCCAAAGGGUGGCCUGUUGCCCUCAGGGCAAAUAGGGCUGGGGCAGAGCUUUGAGCCAGACUCCUGGAGGAGGAGAGCCCUCCACCCCUUCAACCUCCGGAGCAUAGCGGCGGCUCCUCUCCCCCUGAGCCCACGGCUGUCACCUUCCACUGGCCUCCCCAGCCCUCCCUCUCCCCUCUGUGGCCCUCCCUUCCUCUCCUGGGGCUUCCCCAGCCCUCCACUCAUAGCCCAGGGUCUCUAAUUCUAGCACUGUAUUUUGGGUGGUGGUUCCUAAGAGCGGCCUGGUGCCUCCUAUAAACCUUUAUCUACUGCGCAGGCCUUUGCCUGCCCCCUGACUCAGACUUAGUAUAGAUGUUCUGGGUUAAGCUAGGUCCAUCUGUCCAUCUGGGCCUCUGUAUAAGCUGCAUCACUCUUGUUCACCACUGUCAAGCCCACCCCUCACAGGGUCUCUCAGCCUCUCCCAAAGCCCUAUUGUGGCAAGAACUGUGGAGCAUAGCAGCUCAAAUUUGUUUCCACCCCAGCAUUCUGCUCUGAAGACUGAGACAUGCCUCCCGUGGUGACACUGGCCUAGAGCCCAGUGUGCUCCUAAGUGGUUGUUGUCCCUGAAUCCCUGCAGACUGUCUCAGGCAUGCUUGAGCCCAUCACAGUUAAUUCUGCUGGACACAGAUGGCCAGACAGGGUCAUUUCCCCUUUCAAGCUCACCAUCUAAUGUGCAAGGCAUGUAUGAGAUAAUAGCUCCUGGAGCUACAGGCAUGGAGUUGGGGGAGCCGUCAUUCCUGGCUGGGAAUCCAGGAAAACUUCCUGUAGGAGGCAACAUUUGACAUGGAUCUCAGCUUUAAAGAUGGGGAGGACUUUCUUUUUAAUUACCACUUCAUUUGUAUUUUGGAUUUAAAAAGUACAUGUUCAUUGUAGAGAGCUUGGAAACAUCGUAGAGAAACUUGGAAAGAAGAGUAUACAGAAGAAAAUAAAAAUCAGCUGUUGUUAUCGUCUAA